AUGCCAAAAGAUCACGCAAUAACUAUUGGUAAACGUGCAGUCGUCUGUCAAGACAUCGAACUGAAAGGUGAAAUACAAAUUGGACCUGCUUUAACUAUCGGAGAUGAUAACGUAUUCGAAGUAGGAUGCUAUGUUGAAGGAUCGAAAAUUGGAAGCAAGAAUAUAAUAGAAGCAAAAGGUAACAAUUGUGUCGUUGGAGCUGUAUGUUCGACCAAAAAGGAUGAAAUCAUUCUGGAUAAUACUGUUAUAUAUGGCGAUCAUCACAACAGACGAAUUCAAACGGCGUCAGCCAAUCAAAUUUCCAGCUUGCAUACACGCCAUUUGGAUUAUCUUCGAGAAGUUUUGCCCAAAUUUAAUCAUAUUCGUGUUGUUGGUGCACCCGAAUCGCAAGAAAUUGUCCCCAUUUCGAGGAAAGCGAUAAAACAAACAGCUUCACAUUAG